AGUUACAUAGAUAAAUUUCUAUAAACCAGAAGCUCUUGAUGCGCAAUGAAAUUGAUGCAUUUUUGAUUCUGUGAUUGUUUUAUCAUUUUCAUGAUUUUUAUUGUUUAAUUUUAAACUAGUAAAUCCAUAAAUAAGUCAACGACAUGUAUCUGCCAUGUGUUAUCUUUAGUCUAUUCCUAGGAAUAUCAUCGUUUACGUAUGGGAUCGAACUUGAUAUCGAUGGUUGGCUUCAGUUGAGAUUAUGGCAUGCGCUCAAUGAUGAACCAGUACCAAGUUUUGUAGAAAGAGGGAAUGUAACGAUCACUAGUGUACGUAGUGGAGCUUCGGUUGUUGGACAAAAUGGGCUUUUACAAGCACAAAUUAAUCAAUUAAAAGAUCUAGCUAAGAACGACGGAAAAUAUAGAUUAAAAGCAGUAGCCCGUACUUCGUCUGGAAGUGAAACAACUUUCUUAACUUCUAUACCGGCGUGUUAUUUACUUGGAUCAGAUCUUGAAGAUAUUUUAACAAUAUGGUUAGAUAGUGCCGCAGAGCCAAUAGCAGUAAGUCUAUCGUCUUCUGCUCCAUGUGUUAUGGACAGCCCUUUUACAAAUAUGUGGACUACAAAUGUAAUAGUCAAGUAUCCUGAUAGCGGACCAAUACCAGAUACAGCAACUUAUAUUCAGAAAUUAGAACGAGAACGUGAAGCUAGGGAAAGAGGAGAGACCAAAGAUAACAGAUCAUUCCUUGCAAAAUAUUGGAUGUAUAUUGUUCCGGCAUUGAUCUUUGUUCUUUUAACAUCGGCAACCAAUCCCGAAGCUACUGCCGGUGGUAGUGGCAGUGGUCAAAGACAGUGAUUCCUUUUUUAAGACUACUUUACUGUACCUGCGAGUGUAUUGUGACCUAAAUUGCGAUCUUGCUGAUGCGUGAGAGUUUUCUAUAUGUUUUCAUGUAAUUAUUAUUGUAUUAUAUUUCUGCUUUAAUAAAUGUGUACAGUAUAAAUA